AUGCUCUACCGCACCCUCUUCGCUGGCGCCGCGCUCAUCAACGCGGUCGGCGCUUGGACGCCGCCCAAGGAGGUGGAGGAGGCCGCCAAGGCGUCCCACUGGGCGGUGCUCAUCGCCGGUUCGUCCGGCUACGGCAACUACCGCCACCAGGCUGACAACGGGAUCGACCCGGACAAGAUCAUCACCCUCGCGGUCGACGACGUCGCAAACGACGACAUGAACCCCUUCCCCGGCAAGCUCUUCAACAAGCCGACGGGGGAUGGGACGCCCGGCACCGACGUCUACGCCGGCUGCAAGAUCGACUACUCCGGGUCGAUGGUCACGCCGGAGACCUUUGUCAAGGUGCUGACGGGCGACGCCGCCGGCCUCGACGGCGGCAAGGUGCUGCAGUCUACCAAGCUGGACCGCGUCUUCCUCAACUUUGCGCGCCUCUCCACCCGCAAGACGUUCGAGGCGGUCGCCCAGCGGCUUGGCCUCAACGGCGGCAUCGAGGCGCUGCCGCCGCGCGCGCACGGCGCGCAGCACGUCGACUGCCACUACGACGUGCACAAGGCGUACAAGUCGGCGUGCGGCGAGCUGCACCCGGAGGCGCUCUCCUUCUCCGCGACGAUGGCCGACCUGUGCGCCCAGCAGGGCGGGUCGCCCGACGCGAUCGUCAAGGCGAUCUCCGCCGCCUGCGCGGCGUAGAGGCGGCCGCUACCCGGCGCCUCCCGCGGUCUCUUCUCUCAAGGGAGGGGAGGGGCUGCGGGGCAAGGAGAGGUGCGAGGGCGGGGAGGAUGGCGUCGCCCGGCGGCGGCGCCCAAAGUGUACAUCGAGGCACACAGUCGUUUAUUCGUUGGGGUCUCUCCGUGUCUCUCUCUAGCUCCAUCCUCCAUGUCGCUCGCGUGAUCGACUAGAUCCUCGCGCUCUGUGCGAAGCGGCCUGUGGCGCGCUGCCGCUGGUUGUCGUGUAUCAAUAUAUGUUUUGUGUUUCGGCUCAAACGCCUGAAACCCGGAGA